AUGGAAACGAUCGCGAGUUCGGCGGGUGGUUUUUCUCCUCGUUCUUAUUAUUUUCUCCCUCUCUCUCUCUCUCUCUCUGUCCAGACGACGGACCAGAGGACCAGGCGGGAGGCGGCCAGGGAGAGGCGCAGGGCCGCGCUGGAGGCCAGGCUGGCCAAGCUGCGCAGGAGGAAGGCCGCGAGGCCGGGGCAGGACCGGGCCGGGCUUGAGGGCCAAGGCGCAGAGGCGGCGGUGACGGGGCCUCCUUCGCCCGCGGAGACGGAGGCCGGGCCUCCCCCCCGGGCCUCCGCCAGCCCCGCGCAGAGCAGCAGAGUGGAGGUCGUGGUCCAGGAGCGCAGGGACACCAGGCCCGGGGUCCCCCACGUCCGGGAGUGGGACCGGGGCAAAGAGCUCUCCUCCGGUUUCUGGUCCAAGAGGCAGUCGGACCUCCGCGCCCAGAGGGACCCCGAGUUCGCGCCGCCCUCGGAUUACUUCCCGGCCCAGAGGAGGCCCGGGCCUCCCGGCGGAGGCCCGUUUUUGUCAACAGACCGGAAGCCGCGGCCGGGCUCGCUGGGCGCCCAGCGACACAAGGUGAAGGCCGGGCGGGGACCCCCGUCUUUGCCGUCGCCCCGGGGUCCCCCCCCCGGAAUCUUCCGGGUCUCCCGGACUCCCACUGGCACCAACCGCCCCAUGAGCCUCCGGCCACCCUCGGCCUCCCCCGGCCCGUCCUCCUCGGUCCGGGAGCCUUCGUCGUAA